GGCCUCACUGACAACACCUCAAAAGGAAAAAGAGGAGAAAGAAAAAUAAAAAUAAAAAUAAAAAUAAAAAUAAGAAGAAGAAAUCUCUUGCUUACUUUCAUUAUUGCUGUUGUUGCUGUGACGCUGUUUAUUAUUACACCUAAUACCUAAUUGUUAUUAUUAGUGUUAUUCUUCUCUCCAUUUCCUGCUCGACCGAUCGAUCGAUCGAUCGAUGGAUCAACUUUGGGAAUUUCAUCCGAUCGGUCCGUGUUCUUAAUCCAGCUAGCUAGGGUUUCUCCCAAUUUUUUAUCUCUUUAUUAUUUAUUUUUUUGGUAGCCGAAAAUGGAGGAUAAUUAUUACGGAAGUGAAGAAGGGCGGCGCAAAGCACCGCAAUCGACGAUGGAUUCUUCUCCCGUCGUCCCGAAGAAGAAUCUGGGCAAGAGAUCGAGUCUCGAAGAGGAGGAUUUUCUCAAUCUCUUGCAUGGCUCCGAUCCUGUCAAGAUCGAGCUCGAUCGCCUUCAGAACGAAGUCAAGGACAAAGAUCGGGAGCUGGCUGAAGCACACAGUGAGAUUAAAGGCUUAAGGUUAAUGGAACGAGCAAAAGAUAAGGCUCUUUCUGAGGUAACUGAGGAGCUUGAAAAGACGGUGGAGAAGUUGGAGGCAUCAGAAGCUACUAUAGAGAACAAGAACCUAGAGAUCAAACGAAUGUCUGAAGAGAAGAAAGAAGCAUUGGCGGCACAAUUCGCAGCUGAAGCGACUCUUCGAAGAGUUCAUGCUGCCCACAAAGAUGAAGAGCUGCCACCUCUUGAGACUAUACUUGCCCCGCUUGAAGCAGAGAUUAAGCUUCUGAGGCAAGAGCUAUCAAAGCUUCAGGAUGAUAAUAAGGCAUUAGAGAGACUAAUAAAAUCCAAGGAAGUAGCUCUUUUGGAAGCGGAAAAGGAAGUGCAGGUCGCAAACAUAAAGGCUGCUCUUGUUGAUGAUUUACUGAACAAGAACCAGGAACUCACUAAACAGAGUGACAUAUGUCAGGAAGAAUAUAAGAUAUUAGAUAAGAUGCACCGUCAAAAAGUUGCAGAAGUUGAGAAACUAGGCCAGACUGUUCGUGAACUGGAGGAGGCUCUUCUUUCAGGAGCUGCAGCUGCAAAUGCCGUACGAGAUUAUAAGCGUCAGGUUAUUGAGCUGAAGGGAGAGAAGAAAACCCUAGAGAGGACAUUAUCUCGUGCAAUGGUUACCGAAAACCGAAUUGCUGUUGCUACUGCCAAUGAGUGGAAAGAUGCCAACGACAAAGUUAUGCCAGUAAAGCAAUGGCUUGAAGAACGUCGAGUGUUGAUGGGAGAAAUGCAGCAACUGCGUGACAAGCUAUCAUUAGCAGAACGCGCAACCAAAACAGAGGCCCAACUCAAAGAAAGGUUUCAGCUUCGCUUGAAGGUUGUUGAGGAUGGACUGAAAUCCUCACUUAGAUCUGGCAUUCAUUAUGAAAACCGAAGCAACGCCUUCUUGUCUCGUAGCCGGUCAGUCAAUGGAGCUGAUGUUUCAUUUAAUCCUUCAUCCCCUGUAGUUUCUAUCAGAAAAUCACCUGCUUCAGGUUCAAGAUCUCCAGCAUUGCCUAGCCCCACGACUACUAUGCUGAAAAAUGCAAAGGGAGCAUCAAAAUCAUUUGAUGGGGGCAGAUCAUCAGUUGAUGACCAAUGUGGAGCAAAACCAUUUGGCUAUGCAUACAAAAAUGAUUAUUUAAGAGAUGAUACAGUAAGUAGCACAUCAUCUGACGUAGAGGAGAAUAAAACCGGCAGGCCAACAGACCUCUUAGAAUCUGUAGGGGAUGAUUUUGUUUCUGGUGUAUUUUAUGAUGUUCUCCAAAAAGAGGUGAUUGCUUUAAGAAAAGCAUGCCAUGAGAAGGAGCAAUGUCUGAAAGACAAGGAUAAUUCUAUUGAGAUGCUUUCAAAGAAAAUUGACACACUGACUAAAGCCAUGGAGGUGGAAACGAGAAAACUGCGCAGAGAAAAAGCUUCAACUGAGAAGGAAUUAGCAUCAUUGCGGGUUGAGAAGGAGCAGGAACAGAAGGCUAGACGCUUCAAGGGAAUGGUCAUCAACCUUCACAACUGAGAAGGCAACUGACUUACUCAACUUGGUGGUCCUCAAGGUCGCGUAUCUUUCGAGUGAGAAGGGGAGUUCAAUGGGAGACACUGCUGUAUGUAUCUUUUUAUAUUUAUAUAUAUCAUAUAUACAGAAAGUGGUUAAAGAAGAGGAAUGCACAGGUCAAUGCAAUGCAUUCGAAAUAAAUUGGUCAUUUGUGUGAUGAUGUAAUCUGCAAAUGGAAUGUGAUCAGAGGAGGAUGCUCAUGAAUGUGUACCUCUAAGAUGCAAUCUUACUCAGGUUGUUCUUGAUGAAAAAGAUAAUUUCAUAUA